CCUCUGCAAAAAUGGAGGCACGACUCCGGCUCGAUCGACCGCUCCGCGCGCACACUCACUGCGCACGCGAAAAGGCCGCCGCGCCGAGCGCUGCGCGGUCGAUCGGCCCACUCGGCCCCGCCCGUCUCGCCAUCUUGCUUACUGGCACCUCCGAGAGGUUCGUUCACUUGCUCCGACUUUAUCUCCUACGCGACAACACAGACGCCAAGAGGCUUCCGUUUCACAGACAGACGUCCCCUCCCGGAGAGCAGCGCUGGCGCCAGAACAGCGUGGGUCCACGAGCCGGGCCGUUGGCUCCGCACUUCCGGGGCCUGGCGGAGCAAGUGCGCCUGCGCGCCGCGUCCGCCCUCCUUGGACCUGAUCGGGCCGUCGCGCGGCUGUGAACCAAUGGGAAGGCAGCGCCUCUCUAGCCCAGGCCAAUCGGCGUUCGGACCAGAGAGUUUAACUCCCAUUUAAAAUGACUCUCUGAGUCUAACGGCUCGGCUCUCCGGAGGACUCUGCGGCCGUGGGUCGGAAGCCGGAGCCAGCAGGCAUCAUGGACAAAUCUAAAGAAAACGGCAUUUCAGGGCUGUUUAAGUAUCCGUUACCUGCAAAUAGUGGCCAGGCUCAGCGGGUCUUGUGUCCUUCGAAUUCCUCCCAGCAAGUUCCUUCAAAAGCACAAAAGCUUGUCUCCAGCCAUAAACCGGUUCUGAAUCUGAAGCAGAAGCAGUUGCAGGCAACCAGUGGCCCUUGCCCUGUGUCCAGACCACUGAAUAAUACGCAAAAGAGUGAGCAGCCCCAGCCACCAGCCCCUGGAAAGAAUUCUGAAAAGGAAGUGGCUUCAAAACAGAAAAACGAAGAAUCAAAAAAAAGGCAAUGGACCUUGGAAGAUUUUGAAAUUGGUCGCCCUCUGGGUAAAGGAAAGUUUGGAAAUGUGUACCUGGCGAGGGAAAAACAGAGCAAGUUCAUCCUGGCUCUGAAAGUCUUAUUCAAAGCCCAGCUGGAGAAAGCAGGCGUGGAGCAUCAGAUAAGAAGAGAAGUAGAGAUACAGUCCCACCUUAGGCAUCCAAACAUUCUCAGGCUGUAUGGUUAUUUCCAUGAUGCCACCAGAGUGUACCUAAUUUUGGAAUACGCACCUCUUGGAACUGUCUAUAGAGAACUUCAGAAACUGUCCAGGUUUGAUGAGCAGAGAACUGCUACUUAUAUCACAGAAUUGACAAAUGCCCUGUCAUACUGCCACUCAAAGAGAGUUAUUCAUAGAGACAUCAAGCCAGAGAAUCUGCUCCUUGGAUCAACUGGAGAGCUUAAGAUUGCAGAUUUUGGGUGGUCUGUACAUGCCCCAUCCUCCAGGAGAACCACCCUCUGUGGCACCCUGGACUACCUGCCCCCAGAGAUGAUCGAAGGCCGAAUGCACGAUGAGAAGGUGGAUCUCUGGAGCCUCGGAGUUCUUUGCUAUGAAUUUUUGGUUGGGAAGCCUCCUUUUGAGGCAAGCACAUACCAAGAGACCUACAAAAGAAUAUCUCGGGUUGAAUUCACAUUCCCUGACUUUGUACGAGAGGGGGCCAGGGACCUGAUUUCAAGACUGUUGAUGCAUAACCCCAACCAAAGGCUGACCCUGAAAGAAGUACUGGAACACCCCUGGAUCACGGCAAAUUCCUCAAAACCAUCAAGUAGCCAAAAAUCCAAAGAAUCAACCAGCAAGCAAUCUUAAGACUCUUGCAGGGGGAGAGCCUCUGAGCCAGGGCUGCUGUGUCAGUGGUCAGAAUACACUCCUGACAUAAUCUACUACCGACUGCCUGCUCGCAAUCCGCAGCGCUAGGGAAAAGUAUAGAAGGUUCCACUUCAAUAAACGUGACACGGAAGCGCAAGUAGCCACGAGAAUCGUGCUCACUUCACUGGUUUUAUCCUCCAGAGGCAAGGUGCGAGUGCCGCCGCCCUGCAGCCCGUGUGGAAUAAGGGUCCUUGUGGAAGGUGAACUCUGAAUUGGCUGUGGGCAGAGUGGCCCCUUCGUCCUGACCCGAUCAGUUCAGGAGCUGUGCAAUAACCUCCCAGGUACCUGCGUGGCGUGUAACCUCCUGGGUGGCCACACCUGGUAAAGUUGUCAGAAUGAAUAUGUGAUUCUUUUAAAUGUUAAAAUAAAGAGAUGUGCAUAGACUUUGUCCCUU